UCCUCUCAAACCAGUUUUCAGUUUCUCUCUGUUUCGCACUCCAAUCUCUCUCUCUCUCUACCUUUUGACUCCAUGCCGGUCGCCGGCGAAGUUUUCGACGGGAAAUAAUUUCCGGGAGGUCACCGGAAUAACCCGGGACAACGAGAUCCAAUUCAACCAGCGGAGAUUUUGGAUUAAUUGGGUAUGGCAUUGGUCAGAAGAUUAUCCAACUCUGGAACUCACUGGUUUGGGUGAAAAAUAUUUGAGGAUGUGUGUUGUUAUUGCUUUGAUUUAUUUAAAAUUUGAUGGAAAAAAUAAAGAGACUCUUUUAGAGCAACAAUCAGAAUCUGUCUCUGGAUACUGGGACAAGAGUUUCCCAAUUUAGAAAGAGUUGUUUUGAUACCUGAAGAAGAAAAAGAAGAAGAGUCUUGACAAAAAAUUGUUUUUUUUUUUCCUUUGCUUUUUGAGGGUUUGGUUGGAUUCUUUGUAUUGAAAUAGGUUGUAACAUUAAUGGCUAAAGAAGAACUUUCUCCUGAGAGAAGAGAAGUCUCUGCUUCUGCUUCAGCUUCAGCUUCUGUAGUAGUGAGCUCGAGGGUAGGAGAGAACGAUGUUCAUCGCCUCAGGUUGGGAUCAAGUGACUCGCUUCUCCCCGGUCUUAUCGACGAUGUAGCUCUAAAUUGUCUUGCUUUGGUUCCAAGAUCCGACUAUCCCACACUAUCUUGCGUGAGCAAGAAGUACAACAACUUGAUCAACGGUGGACAGCUGUUUGGUCUGAGAAAGGAACUAGGGAUCGUCGAGUACCUUGUUUUCAUGGUUUGUGACCCAAGAGGCUGGUUAAUGUUCUCUCCCACGAAAAAGAAAUGGAUGGUUCUACCUAAAAUGCCCUGCGACGAGUGCUUCAACCACGCGGAUAAAGAGUCUUUAGCUGUCGACGACGAGCUUCUUGUUUUCGGGAGAGAGCUGUUUCAGUUUGCGAUUUGGAAAUACAGUCUUAGGUCUCGUUCUUGGGUCAAAUGCGAAGAGAUGCAUCGUCCUCGCUGCUUGUUUGCGUCAGGAAGCCUAGGAGGGAUCGCUAUCGUUGCUGGAGGAACAGAUAUGAACGGGAACAUAUUAGCAUCAGCAGAGCUUUAUGAUUCUUCUUCAGGGAGGUGGGAGAUGCUUCCCAAUAUGCAUUCUCCUCGGAGACUAUCUUCAGGGUUUUUCAUGGACGGGAGAUUCUAUGUUAUUGGAGGAAUGUCGAGCCCUAAUGCAUCGGUUACUUGCGGAGAGGAGUUUGAUCUAGAGACGAGGAAGUGGAAGAAGAUUGAAGGAAUGUAUCCGAAUGUGAACCGAGCAACGCAGGCUCCACCUCUUGUUGUUGUUGUUGACAAUGAGCUGUUCACGCUUGAGUACUUGACCAAUAUGGUGAAGAAGUAUGAUAAGAAGGAGAACAAAUGGGAAGUGAUGGGGAGGUUGCCUCCAAUGGUGGACUCAUCAAACGGUUGGGGAUUGGCGUUUAAACCGUGUGGUGAUAAGUUGUUGGUGUUUUGUGGGCAACGAGGUUCGAAUGGAGAGGGCAUUGUUGUGAACUCUUGGUGUCCGAAAUCGGGAGCUAAAGAUGGGAACUUGGAUUGGAAAGUGCUUGGUGUUAAAGAGAAUGUUGGUGUGUUUGUGUAUAAUUGCGCAGUGAUGGGUUGUUGAAAAAAGAAACCAGUCUUUUUGUUUCUUCAAAUCUUAUCUCUGGUUUUUUCUUCUUCUUCUUCUUCUUCUUCUUCUUCUUGACUUGUCUCUAGUUUUUUUAUAGUUUUCUUAAUGCUCUUCUUCUGCUUUUGUGUCUGUUCUGUUUUUUUUUUU